CUGACGGUGGUCGGUGAGUUUUGUGUCAGCUGUGAGGUGUAGAUGAGUCAGUUUAUCUUCCUACUAAGUAGCUUGCUGCUCAUAUUCGUGGACAUCGAUUAGCUCGUACUGGGACUACAUAGGUUAGUCUAUAAGAAAAAAGAACGGACACCAAAACUAUUUGAUGAAAAAGGAUUGUGUUGUUUGUUUUUGCAGCGUGCUGACAGGAGAUGUGUGCUGCUGUGUAUGUCCUGUCGACGGUAACGGGCUAUGUGCUCACCUCUGCCCUGCUGAUGAAAUGCCCAAAUAUUUUGCACCGUAGGAAACGAGAGCCUUUUCUCAGCAAACACAUUUCCCAUCGAGGAGGCGCUGGUGAAAACCUGGAAAACACGAUGGCAGCUUUCAAGCACGCUGUAGAUCUUGGCACAGACAUGCUGGAGUUGGACUGCCACCUGACCAAAGAUGAACAGGUAGUGGUGUCACAUGACGCCAGCUUGCUGAGGGCCUCUGGCAUCAACGCCCACAUCUCAGACAUGACCUACGCUGAGCUCCCUCCGUACCUCUGCAAGCUUGGUGUGACUUUUCAGAGAGAGUGUUUCUGCGAGGGGGGAGAGGACAAACGCAUCCCUCUACUCAAGGACGUUUUUGAAGCAUUUCCCCAUACCCCUGUCAACAUAGACAUCAAGGUCAACGACGACAGGCUCAUCAAGAAGGUCUCUGAGAUGGUUGUUAACUACGACAGAGAGAAUCUGACGGUCUGGGGCAACGCUAGCAACAAGAUUGUAAAUAAAUGCUACACAGAGAACCCGCGUAUCCCAGUUUUGUUCAGCCUAUUCAGAGUAUUGCAGCUGUUAGGCCUCUUCUACACCGGCCUCCUGCCUUUUGUUCCCCUCAAGGAGCAGUUUCUGGAGAUCCCCAUGCCUUCUAUUAUUACCAAAAUAAAGGGUCCCGACAGAUUAACGAGGAGUCAGAGAUUAAUUGCCUGGCUUGCAGACACUUUGCUGAUGAGAAAGACUCUGUUUCAGCAUCUUACUGCCAGGGGAAUACAGGUGUACAUUUGGGUGCUCAAUGAUGAGGAGGACUUCCAGAGGGCAUUUGACUUGGGAGCCACAGGAGUUAUGACAGAUUUUCCCACCAGGCUUAAAGAAUUCCUGGACCUGAAUGGCAUUUCUAAGCCCCGGUGACCUGCCAACAUCUACCUUACCUCCCCCCCCCUCAUAUGUGAUUAACCUACAAUCUGAGUCCUUGCUAACCAGCCCCCUCCUCAGUGUUUCGCAGUCAGGCUCUGCAUACUGCACUGAUCUGAGGAACCAGCUGUUAUACUGGUGACACAAACAUUUAAUUUCAAACUUAUAAAACACUCUGCUUAAUAUUAUUAUCUACCUAGAGUUUGUUCUUUGCAUAUUUUGUGCAAUUUACAAACAACACAAUCUAAAGUUUAUUUUAAAUGGGACAAAAUGCACAUCAAACUUCAGUUUUUGCAAGUCUUAUCACCCUUGAAUUUCAACAAUUGUAUGCGUUACUAAUGUCAAGAUAUAAUUUCGCCUUUUUCCAGUCUUUCAAGUAAAUGACAGUUUGCAGUCAUAUUUAAUGUUAAUUUACCAGCAGCUUUAGAAUGUUUUUAGGUACAAUGUCUUUCUCCAUGUUCCUAUCAGACUGUUGAUUACAUGCAAUAUCCAAAUUGUAAGUAUUUGUUAGAUAAUCUUUAUAUGUGACCUGAUGCAAUAAAAAAUGUGCUACUAGUCAAAUAAAGAGUAUGACUAAUGAGUUGGGUCAUGCCGCUGACCCUUAUUUAAAAUUCAAAGGCACAAUCAUUUUAUCAGCGGACUGCUCUUUAAAUAAAACUUUAUAUGUUGUUUUUUGUAAUUGUGUUGUGUUUUAAGUGUAGUUUUUUAGUCUCCAGAUUUUUCUCUGAACCAUAUGAAUUGACUGAUUUUGCACAAAAACGAUUAUCUCGUUUUGUAACUUUAAUUAAUGAGGAUUGCCUUUUUCACCUGUGUUAUUAAGAUCGUAAACAGAAUUGAACUUAAUAUAUACAUUUUUUAUGUAUGGGCUUUAAAGCAUAUUGUAAAUAUGGUAGACGUGAUAAGUGUUGAUUGAUUUUUCUUUUUACACUUAAUAUUUUAAAUGUAUUUAAGACAGCAGCUAUUUACUGUGUGUCACAGUCAGAAAAUCAAAGAUGAUUUGGGAUUAUUAUAGCAUUUAAGAUUUCUAGUCCAAAUGUGUGACCUCAGAGAGUGACGAUCACUAAAGAAUGUGGUUUUGGUUGAAAGUACUGUAUAUUGUUCUGUAUUUAAAGUAAAAACAUUAUUGCUGCUUUAUUUUCUAUAUUGUUGGGUAUUUUAUCAGUGCUGUCUGAGUGGUGGAAGUGAAAUCUGCACAGUGGUUUGUCUGAUAGGGAAGAUGUGUGAUCUACCAAUCAACAGAUCUUACAUUAAUGAACAUUUUUGAUAUAUUUGUCCUGUGCUGUAGCCUACUGAGGGAAAAUUUGUUGUGCAAGCCUAAAUGAUUAUUUGUUAAUCUGCGUUGUGUUUGAUUGUGUUUGUGGGACCUGGCUGCGUAUCAAUAUGCCUUAUACGCCAUUUGAUUUAAAAAGUGAUUAUUGAACAUGUACAUUUCUACCAUGGUCAAUAAAAACAAAAAAUGAUGUCAUAAA